CAGCGCCCCAAUCCCAUGGAAACCCCCCUCAAACCCCAUCCUGGGGGGGACUCCCCCCCCCAAACCCCCAUCCUGCGGGAGGGGGUUUCACACUCCUGCCCCUUACGUAAAGCCCUGUGCCCACCUUCCCGAGAUGCUCUAUCUAUUUUUUUUCACCCUGAGCCCUAAUCUUUGCCAUCUUGGGCUAAUUGGAUUUCCUGGGUCACAUGGCGAGAUAAAAGGUCCCCAAAUCCCACAGGCCAAAAAAUCACUUUAUCCAUGGGGAAUUAAAGGAGAGAGCAGGGGGCAGCCGGCCCGUGAGGACCCACCGAGCUCUCCUUGCCUUGGGGCAACCCCGAUAUCGGGGUGACCGGUACCCAGCUCAGCCUUUCGGGGCUCCUCUUUCUCCUUCCAUCGCUCAACGCCCGCCCGCGGGGUGCGCGCGCCGUUCCGUACGGAGAGCUGGAAGAGUCCGGGGACCUAGAGGAGCUCGAGGCGUUAGAGGAGGAAGACGAGGCCAUGGGGAGCGGGGCCAGCGCAGAGGACAAGGAGAUGGCCAAGAGGUCCAAGGAGCUGGAGAAGAAGCUCCAAGAGGAUGCGGAUAAAGAGGCCAAGACAGUCAAGUUGCUUUUGCUUGGGGCUGGAGAGUCGGGCAAGAGUACCAUCGUGAAGCAGAUGAAGAUCAUCCAUCAGGAUGGCUACACACCAGAGGAGUGCAUGGAAUUCAAGGCCAUCAUCUACGGCAACAUCCUGCAGUCCAUCCUGGCCAUCAUCCGUGCCAUGUCCACCCUGGGCAUCGACUACGCUGAGUCGUCCCGUGCGGAUGAUGGCCGGCAGCUCUUCAACCUGGCCGACUCCAUCGAGGAGGGGACCAUGCCCCCCGAGCUGGUCGACUGCAUCAAGAAGCUGUGGAAGGACGGCGGGGUGCAGGCUUGCUUCGACCGAGCUGCCGAGUACCAGCUCAACGACUCGGCUGCGUAUUACCUGAACCAGCUGGACAGGAUCACGGCCCCCGGGUACCUCCCCAACGAGCAGGAUGUACUGCGAUCCCGAGUGAAGACCACAGGCAUCAUCGAGACCAAGUUCUCUGUCAAAGACCUGAAUUUCAGGAUGUUCGACGUGGGAGGGCAGAGAUCAGAGCGCAAGAAGUGGAUUCACUGCUUCGAGGGCGUGACCUGCAUCAUCUUCUGCGGGGCGCUGAGCGCCUACGACAUGGUGCUGGUGGAGGACGAUGAAGUGAACCGCAUGCACGAAUCCCUGCACCUUUUCAACAGUAUAUGCAACCACAAGUUCUUCGCCGCCACAUCCAUCAUCCUCUUCCUCAACAAGAAGGACCUUUUCGAGGAAAAGAUCAAGAAGGUCCAUCUCAGCAUUUGCUUCCCAGAGUACGACGGUCCCAACACAUUUGAAGACGCAGGAAAUUACAUCAAGACCCAGUUCCUUGAUCUCAACAUGCGAAAGGACGUGAAGGAGAUCUACAGCCACAUGACCUGUGCCACAGACACACAGAACGUCAAAUUCGUCUUUGACGCUGUCACGGAUGUCAUCAUCAAAGAGAACCUCAAGGACUGCGGCCUCUUCUGAGCAGCUGGGUGGCAGAAGAGGAAAGGACUUCACUUUCACAUCACCGUUCUGCUGAGCAGAGCCAAAAGGAUGAACCAAAAAUCCAUGUUCCUCGGACCCCCAGCCACCUCCUUCCAAGCCCAGACGAGGAAGGGGCUGAAGCUGAACUUCCUGCUCCCUUUUGUGGCCAUUUCCUCUUUUUCUGAAAAGCAAGAACCCCCCUGCACCCUGCAGCGCACGAAAGGCAGUGUUGAGAAGUGAGAUCUGAAGUGGUUUGACAGCAAAGAGCGCACCAGCUGGAAAAGUGCAUGUUGAGCCGCUACCCACACCCCUUCCCUCCUCCAGUCCCUGCCCGCUGCACUGGGAAGCGCCAGCAGCAUCGCUGGGAAAGGGACUCCCCCUUCCUCUUCCUCGGCAGCUGUUUUCUUCCCUUUAUCAAAGCUGAAUUAAUGAGAGCAGGAGGUUCUGGGGAAGGGGGAGGUUGGGUCACCUACGUGUCGCUCCUGGGAACCAACCUCGGCGGGUUGGUAGGAGAAAGGAGCGGGGGGAGUUGGUGUCCUAGGAGUGUCCAGGUUGGAGCUGAGGGUGGGGAAGCAGAGGCAGGAGCACCCACAGUCGGGGCUGGGAAGGCCAUCACAGCUACAAGAAGGGAAUGGGUUGGAUAAAGAGGAAAUGGUUACUCAAAAGAUUCUUAUUCUGCUAUUUAGAGCUGUAUUUGCUCUUUACUGUUUGUAAAUAAAUUGAUGCUGGUACUGUAGCCAUCCCUGUAUCCGCUCAGUGUUCACUGCAGCGAUCCCCAACACAGCUUCCUUCAACUAUAGGAAAACACAAUAAAGAAAUAUGCAAG